UGUAGGACGAAGACGUCAUUCAGUUCUCAGCGCGGGCCAGAGCAGGACGUGCUAUACGUUGUUUGUGUUGUUUAUUUAUUUAUGUGAAUUGAAGGCAUCGUGCGUUGAUAUGACCGAAGCAAUGGAGACGAUGCCUCAGACCGUGCCGUCAGUGUACGACUAUUCCACUUCCUUCGCUGCAGAUUUCGACCUCUCACUUCUCCCGUGUGACGGCGAAGUCCCCAGCCAACAGCAGCAGUUCCUGAGCUUCUAUUACGACACCCUGUCUCCACCCCCUAUGUUCCCCUCCCCCACCGGAGAAAAAGACGACUUCCUCUUGAAAUCCAUCAAAGAAGAAUUCCCCGGGUCCGUAGACGUAGGCUACCAGAGCUGGGAGUCUUCUCCGACCCAUUCUACCUACUCUUCCCCAGUGUAUUGCCCAUCGGCCUCCCCUCAGCCUGAACCGCUGUUCAAGGUCAAACAAGAGAUCACCAUAAACCUCGAGGAGAUCCUGCAAGAGUCCAAAUACCUCCAGGAGAUUUGUUUCCCCGAGAAGAAGAAAGACUCGAUCAUAAGGAAUAUUCUUGAGAACAACGAUUUCAAACAGGAGAAGAAGGAGUCUGAUCAUAGACUUCUGCGGGAGGUUCUCAAGGACACUAGCUUCCAGAGGAAAUACAAUCUGAAGCCCUUCGACAUCGGGGGCCUCGGCACCGCGUUCAAGGCAGACGUGAAGAUGGAGACUAACGGAGAGGAGGUGCAGGGGUCGCAAGCUCCCCAGGGAUCAGGGGCUCCGGAGGGUGCGGUGUGCGGGGUGGAUAUCGCUCAAGACAGGAUCGAACCUAUGUUGUCCCUGGCUAUAGAGCAGCUCAAGGAGGACCUCAACAAGACUUGCACUGUGCUGGGCAUCGCUAUGGAUCCUGCUCAAUGGACGGUGGAGGAUGUUAAGGCAUGGUUGGUCUACAAUCUUCAGCAGUUCAAUCUCCCCAUGACAGUGGUGGACUAUUUCAACAUGACUGGAAGCACACUGGCCCAGUUGACAGAGGAGGAGUUCCAACAGAGAGCCCCGCAGGGUGGAAGCCUCUUACACGCUCAGUUGGAGAUAUGGAAAGCCGCCUGUAUCCAGGGACCCAGUGUGGACGUUCAGGGACUAUUGGAAACUUCAACCCAGUCAAGCAGUUCUUGUGGUGACGCCUCUGAAGAUGAGGAGGAUGACGACAUCGCUGAUUCUCCCCAGCCUUCAAGCUCGUCCCCCAAGGGUCGCGGAGGAUCUCAUAUACAUCUUUGGCAGUUCCUGAAGGAGCUCCUCGCCAACCCUCAGGCCAACGGGGCGUGCAUCAGGUGGCUCGACCGAACCAACGGAGUGUUCAAGAUAGAAGACUCCGUCAGGGUUGCUCGCCUCUGGGGUAAGAGGAAGAACAGACCUGCCAUGAACUACGACAAACUGUCCAGGUCUAUCAGGCAGUACUACAAGAAGGGAAUCAUGAAGAAAACAGAAAGAUCACAAAGACUGGUCUACCAGUUCUGCCACCCUUACAGUUUGUAAACUGAGAAACACUCUUCCAAAUUCAAAAUUUUACGAAGUUACUUAAUUGGCAAUGAAUUAAAAUCUCGCUAAGAAAAAAUUUCAUGGAUUCCCUAGUGAAUACUAGUUAGCUAGGAAAUCGAUAAAAGUUUUUCUGUUUUCUUCGCCUCUCUCACUUAUUUGCAGUAAGCAAUGAGGGCAGAGAGGGUGUACAUAGUAGUUUAGGUAUUUUCCACCCAACUUCGGAUGUUUUGGCCGCUUAUACCUAAGCGUCGCCGUAACCAUCUCGACCUGGGUGGGAAUCAUUGUAUGCCAUUUUGGCAAUUUUUUUGUUUUUUGUUAACAAUGCGGAAGGUAAUUUCCGGAUUGUCAGUGUAUUUUGUUGUUUGUGUUGUAUUAUGUUUGCUGACCUAGUACAUCGGAGGUUUGGUAUGGUUGAAUAGUUCAAAUUAAUUACUUUCACAAAAAAUAAUUUUUAUAUUUUGAAUUACAGCUCUAUCAAUCAGCUAAUACCACGUUAAAAUAUUGAUUUCGCAUUAAAACUUAAAUUCACUAUACAUUAACUAUUCACCAACAAUGCCACAACCAUGAGAUGGAAAAGUCAGUGAUUUUGGUCCCAUAUAUCUAUGAUAUAUACCUAUUGUAAGUUCUAUGAACAAAUUAUAUAAUACUCUAUGUGUAACUGUUGUGUUUUAAUAUACUUUUUAACGUGUUUGUAAAUAUUUUGUUUUGUCUUGUGCAAGUGUUGAAUUUUCAGCACACCUUUAGCUAUUGUAUUGUUUAUUUUGUUACCACAAUAAUAAUUUUAGUUUUAGAUUGUAUCGAUAUUGCUUAAUAUUAUUAAUUGGUAGAUUAUAUUGCCAUAUCAGCAAACACAUUUACUCCAUGAGUGGUGAUAAGGUUGUUACUAUGAAUAAACAUUUAUUUCUGUUUUUUUAUUAACUCUUUAUAAUCAUUUACUAAACUGUGAGACAAUAUUUAGAUUAGGAAACAGAACCAAGAGACAGAAAAUUUCCAAAAUAAAUAGUGUUAGUUGAAACUGUACUUCAGAAGAAAGAGCUCGCUUCUGAAUUAGAUUUUCAAUGGCAUUUAUUUGAUUUACUGAUUUGAAAAUUGUAUCAAAAGAGAUAUCCUACCAGUGACACACUGAAUUCAACGAUGAAAUGUCUAUGCAACGUUAGCUUUAUAGUUUCCUAACAAUGUAUAUAAAAUUUGAUAUUUUUCGUAAUAUUUAUUGUGCUCAAGUGUUUUACGUUACAAUGAAUUCUCAAAAAUAAAAUACUCAGAAUAU